AUGGCCGGAUUCGUCCUGCCCAAGUCGGCAAACCCCGUCCCGAUGGUGCCUGGCGCAGGCGGAGCUCAAGCAGGCGACGUCCGGCAGCCGUUGGUCCGUGGCAAGCGGUCGUCGGCGGGGAGCAAGCAGUCGCCGACCCGGGGCAAGCAGUCGUCGGCGGGGUGCAAACAGCCGUUAGCGGGGAGCAAGCAGUCGCCGACCCGGGACAAGCAGUCGUCGGCGGGGUGCAAACAGCCGUUAGCGGGGAGCAAGCAGUCGCCGGCCCGUGGCAAGCAGUCGGCGGCGGGGUGCAAACAGCCAUUAGCGGGGAGCAAGCAGUCGCCGGCCCGUGGCAAGCAGUCGGCGGCGGGGUGCAAACAGCCGUUGGCGGGGAGCAAGCAGUCGCCGGCCCGUGGCAAGCAGUCGGCGGCGGGGUGCAAACAGCCGUUGGCGGGGAGGAAGCAGUCGUCGGCCCGUGGCAAGCAGUCGGCGGCGGGGUGCAAACAGCCGUUGGUGGGGAGCAAGCAGUCGUCGGCCCGUGGCAAACAGUCGGCGGUAGGGAGCAAGCACUUACAGGCCCGUGGCAAGGUGCCGUCAGCGGGGAGCAAGCAGUCGUCGGCGGGGAGCGAGCAGUCACCGGCCCGUGGCAAGGUGCCGUCGACGGAAAGCAAACAGUCGUCGGCGGAGAGCAAGCAGUGGUCGGCGGGAAGCAAGCAGCCGUCGGUGGGGAGCAAGCAGUCGUUGGUGGGGAGCAAGCAGUCGUUGACGGGGAGCAAGCAGUCGUCGGCGGGGAGCAAGCAGUCGUCGACGGGGAGCAAGCGCUCACCGACUCGGGGCAAGCAGUCGUCGGCGGGGAGCAAACAGUCGUCGGAUAUGGCAUUUGCGGAAGCCUCCAAGAACUUCGCCACAGAUUAUAUUUUCGAGCAGCUUCCGGAGUCAGUGCAGAAGUUGCCGGAGGUGGAGGCCGCGAGGCAGGCGCAUGAGCUCCUUAUGAGGAGCGUGUUUGACCUGAUCGCGGCCGCUCAAGCGGUGGUCACCACCAGUCCUGCUGAGGCUGCAAAGUCCAUCGCCCCGCUCUCGGAAGCCGGGGAGGGCUACCUGCCCGCGGAGGGCUCGGUCGCCGUGAGGGCCGAAACCACCGCCGACGCGGCGGCGGUUGACCCAGCGCCCAGCAAUGCGGCCUCGGCAGACAAACAGCCGGCGCCGACGCAGACCGCCGACCCCGGCUCCGGCGUCGAGUCGAUGGCCGGCGAGGGGCCCGAGUUCCUGCAGCCGCCAGCGCCCAUCGAGGACACGGCCGAGGUGCAGAAAGCGCGCAAGGCGCACGUGGCCGCCCGGAGAGCGCACGUGCUGCUCUGGAAGGAGCUGGCCGAUCGGUCGGCACUCUCCACGGUUGAGGUGUGCAAAGGUUGA